AUGUCGCUGGGUAAUCUCAUCGGACGCACCAUCAAACUUGACUAUCACACACUCAACGGACAACGAAGGAAAUUUGCGCGGCUAGCAGUGGAAGUCGACAUGUCAAAACCGUUAGUUCCUCGUAUCUGGUUGGAUGGAGCAUGGCAGAAAGUUGAGUAUGAAAACCUUCCGGCAGUCUGUUUCGAGUGCGGGAAGAUCGGCCACAACUCCUCGGACUGUCCAGCUCUUCGAAUGGAAGGGGAGUUGAAGCAGUUGGCAAUUGUCGGAGUUGACUCUCAGGCUCCGGCGCCGGCGACCACUGUUACGGAUGAUUCCAACCCUGGUUUCGGGCCAUGGAUGUUAGUUACCAAAAAGAGCCGACGUAAUUCCAGGGAUCUGCAUAAAAAAGGUAAGCUGGAAGGUGAGUCAGGACAAUCAAGCCCCAAACAGCUCCCCAUGAAUGGUAAGAAUGGGAUUAGAAUUAAGGAAAGUGGUGAUCCUCCUAGCAAUACUGCGGCCCCAAAAGCUCUGGGAUCACAACGGGCUUCUAGCAAUGAAAAAAAAGGAAACUCUUCACAAAAGGAAGGGACUAAUGGCUCGCCAGAGAUGAAAGAGAAAGGCAAGGGAAAAGCGAUUGCGCGGGAGGAUAAUGGUUCUAACAAAGGAAUCUUGGGCUCUGGCCCAAGUCAGAAUGGCACCAAGAUGAGUGGGCCUCGGCCUGCCUCGGAGUAUAACAAGGCCUCUACGUCAGCUUCCUCUCCUGAAAAACGAAGUUCAAUUGCCAGCCGUAUGGACCUGGACUUGAGGCCGGCCGAAUUGAAGAAUCCAACCAGCCCAUUUAAGCUCCAGACUUCACCGCCCCCUAUCCACACCGUUUUAAGCGAUAAAGGCACAAAUAUCCAAAUCAUUUCGAUCCAAGGCUCCCCCAAACACUCGCAACACUCUGACGUGAGGAAGCCGACGGCCGGAAAGCGUACCAAUAACAAGGGCAACUCCGACCGCAAGGUGAAGAAGGGAACGCCGGUGAAGCAGCAAGCUAUGAAAGCCCUGCAGGUGUGGUCACCCAUUAAAGAUCGGAAGAGCAGGUCAAAGAAUCGCCUAGCGGCCCUUACCCUCCAAGAAAUAAAUGCCUGGACAAGUGCAGCGCAGAAAACGAAUGUGGAGACUAAUUCAGGGGUGGGUGAAGUGGCGGCGGGGGAUCUUCAAACCCACGACCUGGAAGAGACAGUGGCCUCACCGCCAUCGCUUUAA